AUGGAACAAAUGCAUUCAUAGUAUAUGACUAAUAUGUUGAGAAUUAUGCAAUACUUUUCACUAUUUUAAUCAUAAUUUUUAAAUUUAAGUGGCUUAAUUAACUAAUUUGUUGAUUUUGAUAUACCAAAUAUAAUAAGUCCCAAUAUUUGCUCAAUUAAUUCCCAAGAGAUUUUCUAACUAUCAAUUUCUUCAUAUUCUCAAUUUUAUUUAAAAUAUAAUUUCAGUUAAGAUAAUAUGAUUGAUUUUACUAGUAUUAAUGUUUAUUACAAUUUUUAAAGUUACUCCUUAUGUGAUCAAAUAAAGUUAGCAUAUAUCAAAUUAUCGAAUUACUAAUCAGAUUUGAUGAUUGGAUAAUUAAUGUUAUGUGAAGGUAAAAUAAUCAACGUAAGUGAUAGUUGCCCAUUUAAACCUUGCCAACCUAUUUAGAACAUACUUUAAAAUAACUAAUUUAUAAUAUAUUAAUCAAUAAAUGAAUUGUCUAUUUAUAGCAAACAAGAAGCAGAUAAAUUUUACUUUUUCAAAUUAAUUUAAGAAAUUCCUUACUACAUUUUGA